AUUUACAAAUCCCGUGGGAACCAAGCACUUUAUCAGGAUAAAAAAUAAAUAUGUUCUGCUCCAAGUUCUAAUUUAUCUCUGUACCAAAUUUCAUCCAAAUCGAUUCAAUGGUUUAGACGUGAAAAGGUAACAGACAGACUUACUUUCGAAUUUAUAAUAUUAUAUAGUGUGAACUUUAGAAAUAAAAAAAAAUAUUGUUUAAAAAUGUCAACAUUUGAAACUCUACAUCAAUGUUUAAAUUCUUUUUAUUUUAAGCUGCAGCUUAAUGUUUUUUUUUAUAUUACCGUUAAAAACGUAUCAACGAUUAAGUACUUUUUAUUUAAACCGGUAUGUACAAAAACAAAAUAUACCUUCAGUGUAAUACGCCAAGUAAUUUUCUAUACUGUAGCUAUAGAUUAAGUUACUAAUCAAAAUAAAAUUUAUUUACUUUGUCAAAAAGCUCAGUAUAGUUUGGCAACUUCGUUCGUAACACUCCCGAUGUUGCACGCAGGGCGGGGGCGUGUUGCGAUGAAUGAAAAUCCAACGACUGAUGCACGUCAUUUCCCACCCGUGCAGUCUUUCCGCCCGUCGCCCGCAUAUCAUCAGUGUUAUCAACGUUAGCCAGACUAUAAUUUCUUGUUUGCAUUCACAAUAGUUUGCUUUCAUAACUAUAGCCAUUGGAUAGCUGGAUAGCUAUAACCUCUUUUUUAAACAGUUGACCGUUCUUGCCAUAUAUGUAUGUACAUUAGAGAUAUUUUUUGUUAAUUGCCAUCCAAAAUAUUUUCAACGAAGAGGUGAAGUCACUGUCAAUAAGUCAGUCAGACACGGUAAAAGGUUGGUGUUACCAAAAGUAUGUAAGCUAUAUUAGAAGUGCAUAAUAUGAUAUGGCUGUAAAAAUAUUUAACAAAUUACCUGAUGACAUUUGAAAUUAAGCUUGCCUCAUUUUAAAAUGAAGUUAAAUAAAUGGCUUAUUGUUAAGUGCUUCUACGACCUUAAGGAAUAUUUGACUUAAUUCUUAAUGACAUACUCGUACUAACUUUUAAUUCUAAUUAUUGUAUUAUUUUGUAGUUGUAACUUUAUUUUUUUUUUCAUUUAAUUUGGUAAUUAAGGCUGUUUGUGUUACUUUUUUUCUAAUCUGAUUUCAUUUAAUUUAGUAAUUGUGACUGAUUGUAUUCUUUUUUUCUUAAUUUUAUUUCAUUUAUUUUGGUAAUUGUGAAAGGUAAAGGACAAUAAUUCUUGCAACUAAAUGAUUUUUAUUUAUUAUUAUUAUUAUAAAACUUGAUAGUCGUUUCAUUGAUGUUAAAAGAAAAUUUGAUUUUGGCAAAUAUAGAGCGAAAUAGAGAGGCAAAUAUCCACUAGAGCGAUUCCAAUCAGUAUUAUGUAUUACCAACUUCUUUCGCUUAACACUCUUACCUCUUCCAUUUUACACCAUUCACCUAAGUAAGCUCAACCCCUACUUAUUAAAUAUGUAUGUAGCACUCAUCAUGUUUCACAUUAUACUCCACUUUAUAACUCGAUAAUCCGUCACUAUACAUUUAAAAGUAGAAACAUAACCAUGGCGGAUAUUGAAAAACCUUUAAAAAAAUUACGUGCACCAAGACGUUAUUUUGGAGUUCAUUACUUAUUGCUCAGAUUCCUUGGACUUGGUUGGUGGCAUCACCCCGAUGAAGGUGAUACCCGUAAUUUUCCAGGACUAUACCUUUACUAUGCUAUAAUUACUGAAGUCGUUUGGGUAGCUGGUUUCGUAGGACUCGAGACGAUUGACCCGUUUGUGGGACAAAAGGAUUUAGAUCGAUUUAUGUUUAGCCUUUCCUUCGUCAUCACCCAUGAUCUGACUCUUAUCAAAUUGUACAUAUUCUUCUUCAAAAAUAAGGAAAUUCAAGACAUCGUACAGACACUGGAGAUAGAUUUGCAACGUUUUUAUCAAAACAAUGAGAAGAAUCGGCAGACAAUCAAAACUACUAGAAUACUCACCGCUACAUUUCUUUUCUUCGGAUGGAUUACUAUUGGGAAUACUAACGUCUACGGUGUUGUUCAAGAUAUUAAAUGGAAGACUGAGGUUGCAAGGUUAAAUGAUACCUCCUUCAAGCCUCCGCGGACUCUUCCUCAGCCGAUUUACAUUCCGUGGAACUACCAAAGUAAUGAGUCAUACAUCUCGACUUUCUUUUUGGAAACAGUAGGUCUUUUGUGGACAGGUCACAUCGUAAUGACCAUUGACACAUUUAUCGGUUCAGUGAUACUCCAUAUGAGCUCUCAAUUCGUGAUACUACAGGAGGCAAUAAUUACUUCUUACGAUCGCACAAUUGAACGUUUAACCAACGAAGUCAAUUGUGACAAAGAUGACCCAGAUAUGAUUGACGAUUCUCAUAACACGGAUGUUGAGUGUUAUUACGAAAGAGUUGUGAGAACAUAUUGCACGGAGGAAGAAAUUGAGAACGCGUUAGAAAACACGUUGAAGAGUUGUUUCCGUCAACAUCAAACGCUAAUAAGUUGUGUUGAGAAAUUCGCGUCAACUUAUUCCUACGGCUUUAUGACUCAACUCCUCUCGAGCAUGGCUGCGAUUUGCGUGGUAAUGGUGCAAGUUUCGCAAGACGCCUCCAGUUUUAAGUCAAUCCGCUUAGUGACUUCGUUGGCCUUCUUCGUUGCUAUGAUUAUACAACUCGCUAUACAGUGCUUUACUGGUAAUGAGCUGACCUAUCAAGCUGGUCGGGUAUCAGACGCGAUUAUGGAGUGCAAGUGGGAGCGAAUGCCGCCUCGCUUUCGCCGGCAGCUUACGAUGAUGAUGGUGCGAGCUCAACGGCCUCUGAAGCUGACAGCGGCCGGUUUCGCUAACAUGGACAACCGCUGUUUUCUAGCUAUUAUAAAAGCUGCUUAUUCGUAUUACGCGGUACUAAGUCAGAAACAAUUAAUAAUUAAAACAACAUAAUACAAUCAAUAUCUUUAUUGAUACACUCAUAAGUUACAAUUCCAACAAAAUCGUUGUAUUAGAUACAUUAUUAUGUCAUAAAUACACUUAUAUGUAACUAAAAAAAUCUAGGUAUACUAUCACAGAUCUUCAGGACAUAAUAU